AUGGCGGAAGGAGCAGAGCAUGGCGUUGUGGGACUAAAACCACCAGAAAAACUGAACAACAAUGAUUUUAAAAAAUGGAAACAACGAUUUGAGUUAUAUAGAAAAGCAAGCGGAGCUGACAAGAAAGAUGAUCAAGUACAGGUAGCAUUAUUGCUACACUGCAUGGGCGAGGCUUGUAUAGAUAUUUACAACACGCUCAAUCUUGAAGAAUCAGCUACAUAUGUUGAAGUUAUUGCGGCGUUUGAGAAUUAUUUCAUACCUCGAAAAAACCUAAGUGUAAAUUCUCACAUAUUUUUCACUAGAAAUCAACUUGAGGGUGAGAAUUUCGACAAUUACUUAACAGAAUUGAAAAAGUUGGCCAAAGAAUGUGACUUUGGUACACUAGAAGAUAGAUUAAUAAAAGAUAAGCUAGUAUCAGGUGUCUUCAAUAAGAAACUGACAGAUAGAUUACUCCGGGAACCUGAUUUGACACUAACGAAAGCGAUCAAUAUAUGUAAAGCAGCUGAGCUAGCUAAUGAACAAGUCAAACAAAUACAAGGAAAAAGCUCAGUAGAAAAAACAGAGGUGCAGGUCAUUAAGAAGAAACCAAUAGCAAGAAAAGAGCAAGCAGCAACCAGUGGCAGUAAAGGUGGCGGUUCAAGCGGAGCAACUUACCAUCAUCAAGGCCAGCAAGCGUCAGCCAGUAGCAGUAAAGGCAGUUCAAGUGGAUCUACCUACCAUCGUCAAGAAAGCAGACAUCAUGCAGAGUGCUACAGAUGGAGAUCUUCAAUCUGUGCUACAAAAACGCGACCUGGAGCGGACUGUGGCAGCGAUCAUCAGCUUUUGGCAGCCAAAUUCAGGGUGCGCCUAAAAUCGGCGAAAAGGGAGACACUAAACAAACCGAUUCGUCUGAACACCCCAGCUCUGGAAAUGUACAAAGAACGCAUUAGCAAUAGGCUUGCUGAGGCAUGGCAGGACCCUCUAGACGCACCAGAGUCCACCUGGGCUAGCUUAAAAAGCGCAAUGCUGGAGGUGGCUAAACAAGCUUCGGAAAAAAACAAAGCAGCAGUGCCUAGAGCAGAAUGGAUCAGCGCCGACACCUGGUCGAUGAUCGAAAAGAGAAAAACCCUUAAGGAAGGUGGUUUAUGCUCGGACGCAGAUCGCAAGCGCUACGCCAACCUGCAUAGUACAAUCCAAAAGCUCUGCAGGAAAGAUAGAGAGGUCUUUAUUGGCGGAAUUUGUGCCGACAUUGAAAAAUGCUCUGAAACGGCUCACUCCCGCGACAUGUUUCAAAAAGUUAAGAUCCUGACCAACGAGUUUAAACCUAAACACUGGACCAUAGAGAGCAACAAUGGAACACCUUUGAUGGACAAGACGACAAUUCUGGAAAGGUGGAGAGGAUAUUGUCAGCAGUUAUACUGUGAUAAUAACACUUUAUGCGAAGAGGAAGAAUAUUUGGACUACGCAGAAAGGGAGCCCGAUAUCCUCCUGCACGAAGUAGAGUCUGCCAUCCGGAAACUGAAGCAUAAAGCAUGCGGCAGUGACGGAGUUACCACGCAAAUGAUUCAGAACUUAGGACCGGAAGGAGUAAACAUUAUUCACACAAUCUGCCUAAAAGUCUGGAGAACCGGCCAGUGGCCGGAAGACUGGACAGAAUCAUCUGUGGUGCCCCUGCACAAGAAAGGAUCUACCCGCAAGUGCGAAAACUAUCGCACCAUUUCGCUCAUUUCGCAUGCCAGCAAAAUUCUCCUACACAUCCUGAACAAAAGACUGGAAUCCUUUAUAGCGAGACAGAUUCCACAAGAACAGGCAGGCUUUGUGAGAGGAAGAGGGACACGGGAGCAAAUCCUCAACAUUAGGUUGGUGAUAGAAAAGUGUAGGGAACAUAACAUCAGUGCCGCUAUGUGCUUCAUAGACUAUGCAAAGGCCUUCGACUGCAUCAGCUGGAAGAAAAUGUUCGAGGUGAUGAGCGAAAUGGGGGUGCCAGAUCACCUAACCUUUCUGGUCCAAAACCUCUACCUCAGUGGUAGAUCCAGGGUGAGGAUAGGGGAGUGUGUGUCUGAACCUUUCCAAUCGGAACGCGGGGUGCGUCAAGGAUGUAUCCUGUCACCGCAAUUGUUCAAUCUAAUCGGUGAACAUAUCAUGCGUAGGGUUUUAGAGAACCAGCAAGGCGGGAUACGCAUUGGCGGCUACCUCCUGAAUAAUCUGCGGUUUGCUGAUGACACCACAAUCAUAGCCUCGACGGAAGCUGAACUCGCCGAUAUACUGGACCGGAUUGAUCGCAUCAGCGCAGAAUAUGGUCUUCUGAUCAAUCGAAGUAAAACCAAACUGAUGUUUGUCAACCGGAGCGGCCAUCCACAGAGAACCAACGAGCUACGUGACCUUGAUUCAGUACGCAAGUUUGUUUACUUAGGAUCACAAAUUAGCGAUGACGGGGACUGUGAUCAGGAGAUAGUCAGGCGAGGUCAGAUGGCAAAAGCAGCAGUGAAGCGACUUGAGAAGAUCUGGAGGAACCGAGGAAUUAACCGCAAAACAAAGAUAAAGCUCAUGCGUACCCUAAUCUUCUCAAUCUUCCUGUAUGCUUCCGAGACUUGGACACUGAAAGCCCGGGCACUUAGAAGGAUAGACGCGUUCGAGAUGUGGUGCUGGCGCAGAAUGCUGAAUAUAUCUUGGACUGAACGCCGCACAAACGAGUCUAUCUUAAAGGAGCUCAAUAUCACCACAAGGCUAUCCACCAUCUGUACCCAAAGAGUCCUCAAAUUCUUCGGCCACACAGUCAGACGCGGCACGGACACGCUAGAAAGGUGCAUUAUUACCGGGAGUGUCGACGGACGAAGGAGUAGAGGGCGUGCACCCAGUAGAUGGUCAGAUGUGGUACAAAAUAUUACCCAGACUUCGCUCCAGGCAACAAUGCAGAUGGCCGAAGAUCGAGAGGCCUGGAGAGCAGUGGUAGGAAGAAUAACCCAUAGGAGUCACGUCCCUCAGACAUGAGGUCACGACCACGAAGAA